AUGUCGCGGCGAGCAGGGCCCACCAAUGGCGGCGAAAAAGACACUCCUGCGCAACCGCGGGACAGUGCUCAAUCGAAGCAAGCAAUGCUGUUAUCUCAAGACACGGGGCACUUCAGUUUGAUCAGGGCACUUCAUCUUGCUGAUCUGAUCACUGAACUAAACGGAUUCUGCGGAUUCAUGUCAAUUCUCUCCUCAAUGCGGUAUUGUCUCGCCGACCCGAGCGAUCUCGCAAACCUAUGGCUCGCCUUUGCUUUAAUGCCAUUUGGACUAUUCUUCGACUUUUUAGAUGGCAAGGUAGCGCGGUGGAGGGAGAAGUCGUCCUUGAUGGGCCAAGAGUUGGAUUCGCUUGCAGAUUUGGUCACAUUUGGUGUCGCUGCCGCCGUCGCCGGGUUCGCAAUGGGAUUCCGUACCGCCAUCGACCAGCUCUUCCUGGGAUUCUACGUCCUUUGUGGAUUGACGAGACUAGCCAGGUUCAAUGUGACUGUUGCAAUGCUGCCCAAGGACAAGUCCGGCAAAUCGAAGUACUUUGAAGGCACUCCCAUCCCCCUCGCUUGCUUGAUAAGCUUAACGAUGAUGAUGACUUGCACUUGGUUUGGUUGGAUCCAUGAGGAUCUGCCUCUCGGGACUGUUCUCAGUGGAACCGAGCUCGAGUUUCAUCCCGUUGUGGUGAUCUUUCUCAUCAAUGGGUUGCUCAUGACCAGCAGAACGUUACAUGUCCCGAAACCGUAA